AUGCCAUCAAAAUUCAAGGAAAGACUACCAAAUCUUUACAAGGAUCACGGAAUUGCUGAUUUAACAAUGGGUUUGUAUACAAAAGAUGCGAAUUUGGAUAGUGUUUGGAAUGAUGUAAAGAAAAUUUUGAAGUUCUCCGAAAAUAAAUAAAAUAAAAGAUUUUCAGAUCUCUCAAGAACCCUUGGAAUUUGCUCAAAAAUAUAUUGGAAAAGAUUUCAUGCAAGAAAUGAGAGAAACUUCAAAAGGUGGAUAUUUGUAUGUUAUUCGACUUGUCAAAGAAUUUUUGAAAGUGUUUUCAGAUAUUGAAAAUGUUAUGAAGUGAGUUGGAUUUUCAGAUUUUAUUUAUUUCAAUUAAUAUAUUUUCAGAGAAUCUGAAAGUGUCGAAAUAACUGAUAUGAUUGAUAGAAUUAUGAAAUUAGGAAGAAAUAUCGGAUUCAAGGAUUCUCUUAUUCAUGAAUUGACAAUGUCUUCAAUUCCAACACCAGGAACAUCAAAAACAACAGAUCCAUUCAUUUCACUAAAAGCUUUUGCUUAUUUGUUCACUCUUUGUAAGUUUCAACUUUUUUCUUCUAAAACAUUUCAAAAACUUUCAGUGCCUCUUGAAUGGAGUCAUAUGAGAAAAGAAUAUUUUCUUUUCCCUGGUGGUUCAGUAUUAUAUGAAACUGUGAUUUGUCGAUUAAUUUGGAUAACUUUACAUUGUAUAGUUGAUAGUAUUCGAUUUCAUUUUGAAAUCAAAAUCGACAAAAAUAAUGUUAUAAAAGCGAUUUCAUCGAAAAAUCCUGCACUUCGCCCGAAAAAACUACCGAAAAUGGAUAUACCGAUUGUGGAGCAGAGACAACCGUUGCUCCAAACUCCGCAAAUAAAGACUUCUGAUGUUCCACCGAAUAUUUCACUUACAACAUUCCCAUCGAAAUCAAAAUCAAAUCCAAAUCCAACAAUAUUCAAUACAAUUCCGAAAACUCAACACAUUUAUGCUGAAUCAUUUCUUCAAGUGUCAAAAAAGGAGUUUUGCCGAACUUCAUCGAACAAUUCGCUCAUAUAUUCAUUGAUAAACGACGCGAAUCCAAAUAUCAAUUUGAUUAUUCAUCCUGAUUUAGCAACCAUGCUCCCAAGUGCGACAAAAAUAUUCUUCGAAAACUAUCUGCAAAAAAUCGCGGCCAAGUUGAAAAACACAAUUUCAUGUGGAGAAGUGAAAUAUUUGACAGAGAAAACGAUGAAUAUCACCAAAAAACCAUAUAUUUUUGAGAUGAACGAGAAUGUGAAUAUUCGAUUCCAUCAAAAACUAGGAACAUUGGUGCAUAUGUUGGCAAGAACUAUUCUGAAUACUGAAGAAUUUGAAGCAGCUCCUGAAAUGUUCGAGAUCUUCGCUCCAAUAUUCACGGUUGGAAGAUCUGAAUAUAUAUUCAGUACAAACAAAACCACCAGUAUAUUUAGUCAUGGUUAG